UAAAAAUGUGACAAAAUGGACAUUUGAUAAAUAUAACUCUAACUAGGAUGGCCGACUCAAUUUUUUAGUGCACUCUCUUGCCACAAAGAGCUUUUGAUGAGAGAGCAUAUUCACUUUUUCAAACACCAUACUUUAAUAAGUGGUUUUCAUCUUUGGUGGCUCUUGAUGUAAUGUUUUCUGAAGUACAAUAGAAGGAGGUACGAAAACACUCACUAACACGUAUUAGAUGCAAGUUUAGAUAUGCCCACUUUCGUAAUACAGCUCUUUAGUUGGUUGCAAUUAGUGUUUUGAAAUAGUAUAUAGUUGGAGGGCCAAGCCACUGACCUUGGCCAACGCUCCAGAGAAGAAAGAAAAUCCUUUUUCUUUCAUAUAUAAAUAAAAGUAGGCCUACACGUUUCAGCAAAGUUGGGGAGGAUUUCAACCAACUUAAUAUAGUUUAGUCAAAAGGAAGUUGUCAUUGCCUUCUUUGUCCAUUAGCUUCCUAUUGAUUCUUCUUUUUUUUUUUUUUUUUUGUCUCCUUUACUUGCUUAGUUCCUUCGGUGAGAACCUUUUUCUUUUUUCAAUAUUGAUGUUUGUUUGGAUCAGCUUUAUUUCGACUUAUCUUGUGAAACAACUGCUCUUUACAAUAUUUUGGUGUUAAGAAAAUCCAUAGUAUAUUAAAUCCCAGACAAGUGGUCAAGGGAGUGAACCCAUUAUCUUUAAGUUGUUUACCGAAAACUAUGAUCUAUUAGACAUGGUUAGUUCCUAUGUAAAGACUUCACUUUUAUUAUUUACUUUGGAACUACUUUUGUAAAUCAAACCAAAUGAAUUAUGUUCCAUGAGCUGAAAUCUCAUAUAUGCAUAGUAAGAGCAGUCAGAACAGCAGGUUGAACUUUUUGCUUGUACCUGUUUGAUGAAAUGCCAAAGAUGGUGAAGCCUUGGUUGAUUUAGAUCUAUUUCAGAGUGAAUCGACAGUAUUGAUUUUAUAUGAACAUUCGAGGAAAUUGACUUAGAAAAGGAAGAAAAUGAGUAGACUAUAAUGUACUUUGAGCUCAAACACACACACCAUACAGAAAACAUGUUUUGAUAGUGAUGAAUGGUCAAUGAGCUGAAUGACAUGUUUUCUUUUAAGGGUAAAUUUUUUUUUUCUUUCUAAUUUGAUGUUUGAGGUGGGACAAUAUAAUGUAAUAGAGAACGUGAAUUUCAAAGUUGAAAGGAAAAUAGUUGAAAGUUUUGUUUAUUGCCUCAAGGAAAAUCAUGAGGCCAACGACGACAACAACUUUGUUUCUUCCUCUGCGAAAUGAGUGUGAACAGAUGGAAGAAAGAGAGUUGUUUGUUAAAAUAUGCUCAAUCAAUUGUCCCCUCAUUCAAGAAAGUUGUUACUAGAAGAUGUUAGAAAGGAGAGCUGAAAGUUCCUUUAGAGGAACGUUUUUAAAAGCCAGCAGCUUGGUGAAAGCAUCAAGCAGAAGUGUGGUGGGGAAAGCAAAGAAUGAGUAUCUUUCUGUUUUACAUUACAGAAUGAGUCAAGGAGGUGAAGGUAGAGGAGAACAUACCAGACAAGGAAACUCUGAGUUUGUUUCUUGGGAAAUUCCAAAUGCUGAUUAUGCAAAUGAAAAGAAGAAGUCCUUACGAGUGCGCUACGUAUAUAGCAUUAUCUUCCUGGUAACAAAUCUCAUUGCUUGGUUUCUUCGAGAUUAUGGGCAAAGGAUUGUUCCUCAGCUACAUUAUCUUAAAUCAUGUGGAGCAGGAGGAGAGGAAUGUUUUCACGCACUCGGAGUUCUUCGUGUGAGCUUAGGAUGUUUUAUAUUUUUCUUUCUGAUGUUUCUCUCUACAUCCAGAACAAGAAAAUUGCAUGAACCUCGCAAUUUGUGGCAUUCUAGUUGGUGGAGCUUGAAGUUUAUUGUGUUUAUUGUUUCUAUGCUGGCUCCAUUUUUCUUCCCUCCCGCGCUUAUCCAAUUAUAUGGUGAGUUUGCACGUGCUGGUGCAGGGAUAUUUCUCAUUCUCCAACUGAUUAGUGUUAUCCAGUUUAUCUCAUGGUGGAACAAGUACUGGAUGCCUGAUGAGAAGAUGAAGCAGAGCUGCUCUCUCGGAUUAUUCACGUCGACAAUUUUUUAUAUAGCUUCCUUCUGUGGAAUUGGCUUAAUGUACUCCUUAUACGUUCCAAAAGUGAGAUGUGUUCUCAAUAUAUUCUUCAUCUCUUGGACUUUGAUUUUGCUCAUUGUGAUGAUGGCUGUAUCUUUACAUUCAAAGGUUAAUAGAGGUCUGUUGUCAUCCGGUAUCAUGGCUUCGUACGUUGUCUUCCUCUGCUGGUCUGCCAUUAGAAGUGAACCUGCAACCGAAAAGUGCAGCGCACGGAAGGAAGAGAGUGGGAAUAAUGACUGGAUUACAAUACUUAGUUUCUUAAUUGCAAUAUGUGCUGUUGUCAUGGCAACCUUCUCAACUGGUAUUGAUUCACAAUCAUUUCAGUUUCGAAAAGAUGAAGUGAAAGAGGAAGAUGAUAUUCCUUACAAGUAUGGUUUUUUCCAUCUCACAUUCUCUCUUGGGGCCAUGUACUUUGCUAUGCUCUUCAUCAGUUGGAACCUCAACAACUCAGCCACAAAGUGGAGUAUGGAUGUUGGAUGGACAAGUACUUGGGUUAAAAUCAUUAAUGAGUGGUUUGCAGCCACAAUAUACUUGUGGACGUUAAUGUCUCCAGUGGUGAGAAAGGCAAAGGUCAGAGAUCAUGAGGAAGGAGCUGUAGUGCAAGAGGCAAAUGAUUCAGCAAUUCCUUGACAUUGAACUUUUGGAAUAUUUUCUUUUCUUUAUGCUUUUUGUACUCUUAUUAUUUUUGUCCAUCCAUUUUUUAUUUUGAUUAUAUUGCUGUUGUUGUCAUUCUUUUAAAAUGAUAAAUGAAAAGUGUCACAAGAUUCAACA